AUGACAGCUACAGAGGAACCUUCGACUGAAGCUCCGCCACCCCAGACGCGCAAGCUCGCGGAUGAAAGUAAAUUUAUCCUAACUGUCUACAAGUAUGACCCGCGGACGAAGGAGACACAGACAGCUGCGACUGUCCCUGCAUCAAAAGACCUCAAGGGCAAAAGGCUGCAGGAGAUCCGAUACUGGCUGAUUAACACAGGAGCCUUGAACAAAAACCUGGCGAAAAGAGCACUCUGUACUUCAAAUGGAGGGGAGGUACCAGAUAGCACCACGUUAACUGACUACUUUGCUAUGAAUGGUAUAGCUGCGGAUGCAGUCUCCGGUACCGUCUACAUAAGGUCAGGCGGGAGCGAAGAACUUGACGAGUCCAUGCAGUCAUGGCUGAGCAAGGGAUUAGAUCUUAGUGGUAAAAAUGCCCCAACGCUAGCUAGUAUUCAAGCUGCAACUCUCUCCAGCAGCUACUCACACGGUGCGUGGAAGGCAAGCGAAGGCAGCGGCCAAGUGGUGCAUCCAUCCGACUUGUCCGAAAAACAGUGGGCAACUGUGUUGCGGAACAAUGAUAUGCUAUGCGGUCACUAUCUGAAGGCUGGUCGCGCACAAGAAGGGCUAAUAUUCACUGGCCUUGAACCUCGAUACUACCCAGCCUUUGCUAUCACGAAAAGGCAGAUACCAGACUAUGACAUUCCCGCGGGUGCAGCAGAGGGAGAUUUUAAAGCGCCAUCUAUGGAUUUCCGUAUCCCUCGUUUCCGCAUCACCGAUAAAGCACGCGUAGAUGUGCUCGAAUUGAAGAGCUCUCUGCAGGUCUCUAUGGCAGAAAGUGCAUUUAGCCAAACGACUGUUGAGGCCUCCAUUGGAGGUUCCUUUUGUGGUGUGAGCGCGGGAGUCAAGGCAGGGUACAGUGGAAGCGACGAGAGUAACUCUGCUUCUUCCGCAUCCAGCUCCCAAGAGUUUAUGUACAUCUCUUAUGAUUUCCCCCGAGUUGAGGUAUACCUUGACCAGGAAAGCCUUGAGGUGUCGGCCGAAUGCAAAAAGGACCUGGAUAUCCUACGGCAAAUGCGCACCAAGGAGGAACUAGAGCGAUUCUAUAAAAAAUAUGGGCAUGUCUUUGUUCCCCAGGUCCAACUUGGAGGCCGCCUCUACUCCAUUGAGAGCUCUCAGAGCUUUGGAUCAGCGACCAAGGAACAGAGAACUCAAAUGAUGAAGGCCUCUGCGAGUGCGUCAUUCUCUGGUUAUGGGGCUAAAGCAGAGGUCAGUGCGAGUCACGAAAAGAACACCGCACAAGAGAAGACCAGCACUAGCAGUACAUACAACCAUUCCAUUACUUGGCAUGCAGAUGGAGGGGACACCUUACUGUGCAACAAUCCACCAUCUUGGUGUCCAACUGUCGCCAAUUAUCAGAACUGGCGUAUCAUGAAGAGGAACGAGGGGGUAGACCUUAUCGAGAUGAUUGGCAAAAUCGAUGGUUUUAAAGACAUCCCAAGGUUGGUUCAAUAUAUCGAUGACGUGUUUGUCGCGUUUAAAGUUCGAAACACAGUGACCCGUAACGACGAGCGCACACUGGGAAUAGCUAUACAAAAGGGCAAGUUUUUAGAGAACGGGCUGGCAAACAAAGCCGUGUACCACUACCAGACUGCAUACGAGAGAUACCCCAUCGUCAACUACUCCGAAGAGAGGCCCAAGUUCAUAUAUAUUCUUCAAGCUGCUGCUAAAAAGACAGAAGUUUACUGGGAUCAUGGUAUCCCAAGGAUGAUAUACGGAGUUCCCUAUCGCCCAUGUAUUUACCACGAGGGAAAUUGGUACGGCAUUCGCCGGACCACUAAAGCCGAUCACUUCGGUAGAGAAGGGAUAUUGUACGCUGGGAAGGAUGAAGACUCAAAUAUUAGUAUGACGCUCAUCUCCAACGAUGGAAAGAAGAAGCCUAAAGACACGGUCGGCACAUAUGACAAUGUCCUCCUGGCAUUUCACGACAUGAAGGAGGAAUAUAUUGGGAGUGUCGAGGUUGAGGAUGAUAUGAUAUAUCUAGGCAGCAAAAAUAUCCUGAACUUUGAGUUGCAUUGCGUCUAA